AGGAGGGAAGAGGGCAGACUCUCAUCUCGGCAUCCUCAAGGACCCUCAACUCCCCUAUUACCCUUGCCAGUCCCUGAGGAGUCUGGGAUCGCGCUUUUGGCUGACUGGGGAGCGAGGAGGGGCUUGGCUGAAACCCAGGUGUCUCCCGUUUCCCAGGUGAGACUACCCCUCCCCUGGGGCCGCUGCCGCUUCUGGUUGGACAGCAUUCCAAAUAGGGAAUCAGGUGAGACUGCGUGGCCUCAGUCCGUCCGUGAGGGAUGGGGAGAGUAACGCGGGAUCCUCUAGCCACCUUCACUCCCCAGGCCUUCACUCACCACAGCAGCGCCCAGGUCCCUGACACAAUGGAAUGCGCGAAGGAGACGAGCAGGUUGUGCCAGCGCCAGGAUUGUGCACCUGUGCCUGCGCAAAGCCGACCAAAAGCUGGUGAUCAUCAAGCAGAUCCCAGUGGAGCAGAUGACCAAGGAAGAGCGGCAGGCAGCCCAAAAUGAGUGCCAGGUCCUCAAGCUGCUCAACCACCCCAAUGUCAUUGAGUACUACGAGAACUUCCUGGAGGACAAGGCCCUCAUGAUCGCCAUGGAAUAUGCACCAGGCGGCACCCUUGCUGAGUUCAUCCAAAAGCGCUGUAAUUCCCUGCUGGAGGAGGAGACCAUCCUGCACUUCUUUGUGCAGAUCCUGCUCGCAUUGCAUCACGUGCACACCCACCUCAUCCUGCACCGGGACCUCAAGACCCAAAACAUCCUUCUUGACAAACACCGCAUGGUCGUCAAGAUUGGCGACUUCGGCAUCUCCAAGAUCCUUAGCAGCAAGAGCAAGGCCUACACGGUGGUGGGUACUCCAUGCUACAUCUCCCCUGAACUGUGUGAGGGCAAGCCCUACAACCAGAAGAGUGACAUCUGGGCCCUGGGCUGCGUCCUCUACGAGUUGGCCAGCCUCAAGAGGGCCUUCGAGGCUGCGAACCUGCCAGCCUUGGUGCUGAAGAUCAUGAGCGGCACCUUCGCACCCAUCUCUGACCGGUACAGCCCUGAGCUGCGCCAGCUUGUCCUGAGUCUGCUCAGCCUGGAGCCAGCCCAGCGGCCACCGCUCAGCCACAUCAUGGCACAGCCCCUCUGCAUCCGUGCCCUCCUCAACCUCCACACAGACCUGGGCAGUGUCCGCAUGCGGAGGGCAGAGAAGUCCCUGGCCACUGGGCCAGCCCUGACCCCAGGCAGCACAGGGAGCAGGACCACCAGUGCCCGCUGCAGGGGUAUCCCACGGGGACCUGCACGGCCCGCCAUUACGCCGCCGCUGUCGUCGGUGUACACGUGGGGUGGCGGGCUCAGCGCCCCGCUGCGACUGCCAAUGCUCAACACAGAGGUGGUCCAGGUGGCAGCGGGGCGCACGCAGAAGGCCGGUGUCACGCGCUCUGGGCGCCUCAUCCUGUGGGAGGCCCCGCCCCUAGGCGCCGGAGGGGGCGCCCUCCUCCCCGGGGCGGUGGAGCAGCAGCAGCCCCAGUUCAUCUCCCGUUUCCUGGAGGGCCAGUCAGGUGUGACCAUCAAGCACGUGGCCUGCGGGGACCUCUUCACGGCCUGCCUGACUGACCGAGGCAUCAUCAUGACCUUUGGCAGUGGGAGCAAUGGGUGCCUAGGCCAUGGCAGCCUCAAUGACAUCAGCCAGCCCACUAUUGUGGAGGCCCUGCUGGGCUAUGAGAUGGUGCAGGUGGCCUGCGGGGCUUCUCAUGUGCUGGCCCUGUCCACUGAGCGAGAACUGUUUGCCUGGGGCCGUGGAGAUGGCGGCCGGCUGGGACUAGGCACCAGGGAGUCCCACAGCUGCCCCCAGCAGGUGUCCAUGCCCCUAGGACAGGAAGCCCAGCGAGUUGUAUGUGGCAUUGACUCCUCCAUGAUCCUCACUGUGCCUGGCCGAGCCCUGGCCUGUGGGAGCAACAGGUUCAACAAGCUGGGCCUGGACCACUUCUCCCUAGGGGAGGAGCCUGCCCCCCACCAGCAAGUGGAGGAGGCCCUGAGCUUCACACCACUAGGUUCUGCACCCCUGGACCAGGAGGCCUUGCUGAGUGUGGACCUUGGCACUGCUCAUUCGGCUGCUGUGACCACUUCCGGUGACUGCUACACUUUUGGCAGCAAUCAGCAUGGGCAGUUGGGUACCAAUGCUCGCCGGGUCAGCCGGGCACCUUGUCGAGUCCAAGGCCUCCAGGGCAUCAAGAUAGCGAUGGUGGCCUGUGGGGAUGCCUUCACUGUAGCCAUUGGGGCAGAAGGUGAAGUGUACUCUUGGGGUAAAGGGGCCCGAGGUCGACUGGGAAGGAGGGAUGAGGACGCUGGACUCCCUCGGCCAGUGCAGCUGGAUGAGACACACCCCUACACAGUGACUUCUGUCUCCUGUUGCCAUGGAAAUACUCUCUUGGCUGUUCGUCCUGUCACAGAUGAGCCAGUCCCCCCCUGAGGCACCUGGAUACACCUCCAGACCACCCUGAUAUUGCUUCUCUUCUGAAUGUUCUUCAAAAGUGCAGGUGCCUGAGGCAUGACUGUCCCCACCAGCCCUCUGGAUUGUGGGGAUAUAAGAACGAGUGAAGCUCUGCUUUUGGCCCUGGAUAUUUAAAACUCAACCCAUCCUAUUCCCCCAACACCUCUCUUUUCUCUCCCCACUCCUUCUCCUCUUUGUUUUUGUUCUGAGGAAGAUUAGCCCUGAGCUAACACCUGCUGCCAAUCCUCCUCUUUUUGUUGAGGAAGAUUGGCCCUGAGCUAA